GUGACUAGCCCACCACGCAGGCUCACACCCCUCUCCGGGGCUCUGGACCUGCCCUGGCUCGCGCCCUCCGGCCCGCCGUCCCCAUCCCUGGCCGAGGCACCUGUUCGCGGUGGCGCAGAGCGCGCGGCCCGGGCAGCGCGGAGAGCGGGAGCGGAGCGGGUCCCAGGAGUCGGGCUCCUCAGCGCACCUGGUGGUGAGCAUCGCCGGAGGGGAGAAGGCGAGGAGAGGCCCAGGAAUAAUGGAGUCCAAAGAUCAAGAAGUAAAAAAUCUCAACAUGGAAAAUGACCAUCAGGAGAAGGAGGAGAAGGAAGAAAAGCCACAAGAGGCUAACAAAAGGGAGCCGCCCGCGGCCCUGCCUUUGGAAACAGGCGAAUACAGCGUGCCUAGAGGGAGUCGCAGACGCUUCCGAGUCAGGCCGCCCAUUGCCCACUAUAGAUGGGACCUGCUGUAUAGGGUUGGAGAGCCCCAGGCAAGGGUGAGACAGGAGAACGUGGAGAGGUUUGGGGAGGAUGUGAGGCAGCUCAUGGAGAAGUUGAGGGAAAGGCAGCUGAGCCAUAGUCUGAGGGCGGUUAGCACUGACCCGCCCCACCACGACCACCACGAUGAGUUUUGCCUUAUGCCCUGAAUCCUGAAGUUCUCUCUGAAGAGAAUAUGGGGACCCCUGCUUCUAAAACGUACAUGUUUGUGAUGCACUGUUGUAAAAACUUUGAGGUUACUUCUUUCGUGUGGAUCUCUUCUUGUUGCCAGCUUCUAAUUGAAACUUGUGUUUCAACUUGUUGACUCAGUCUGUAAUCCUUUUGUUAGCAGAAUUUAUCAAUUGCAUGGAAAGAUGCUCAUUACCUAUUGUGAAGCCAAUAAAGCAGAUGAAAAAGGCA